UAUUCCUCUGUCAUUGGUGACAGCGCGCAAUGACGAUGCACCGCUAGGGGACCACAGUUUACGCACUGACACCUUCAGGUGGACACCGACUGUGGAGAGCAUCUGUACCCUGGUAAGGCGAUGGAGAACUCAAGCGUGGUGGUCACUGAUGUUCCAACUGCUGGCCUAACAGAAUUCCUCAACUUCACCAUGAAUGACACCAUCUCCCGACUCUACGAAGGGUUCAAAGAUGAGCUCGCCAUGACAGAAUUACGCGUAACGAACGACCCGGUAUCUCUGAAAGUCAACACUCUAAGGACUGCGUUUGCUGCUGGGCUUCGGGCUAAGCUGCCACCGACGGAACCUGCUCACUUGGUGGUUGCUUUUUGGGAUUCCCCGCUAAGUCACGGAAUCAAUGUGUUUGUAGGGAUUGUCUUGUGCUUCACCAUGCUGGGCCUAGGGUGUACGGUAGAUGUGAGUCAGCUUGGGGAACAUAUCCGCAGACCCAUCGGGGUUCUGCUGGCGCUAGUGUGCCAGUUUGUUAUCAUGCCCCUGGUCGCCUUCCUGCUUGCUUUGGCAUUCUCUCUCGACGAUGUGGCGGCUAUGGCCGUGCUACUGUGUGGCUGCUGUCCAGGAGGAAACCUAUCCAACAUCAUGUCGUUAUUAGUGAACGGGGAGAUGAAUCUGAGCAUCAUCAUGACCAUUUCCUCCACGGUCCUAGCGCUGGUUCUGAUGCCUCUAUGUCUGUGGAUAUAUAGCCGCGCCUGGAUCAACACCCCGGUGGUCAACCUGAUGCCGUUCGGCGCGAUCAUCCUCACCCUCUGUAGCACUCUCAUCCCAAUUGGCCUGGGGGUCGUGCUCCGGUACCGUUACAACCGGGCGGCGGACAUCGUUUUAAAGUUGUCUCUGUGGUCUCUGCUGGUGACCCUGGUGAUGCUGUUCAUCAUGACGGGGGCCAUGUUGGGGCCAGAGCUGCUGGCCACCAUCCCUCCGUCUGUCUAUGUGGUGGCUGUCCUGAUGCCUGCCUGUGGCUACGCUGCAGGCUACGGCCUGGCCACCCUCUUCGAUCUCCCGCCCAACAUCCGCAGGACCGUGUCACUAGAGACCGGGUGCCAGAACGUGCAGCUCUGCACAGCCAUCCUGAAGAUGGCCUUUCCACCACAGCUGAUGGGGGGCAUGUAUAUGUUCCCUCUGCUCUACGCCCUCUUCCAGGCCGCCGAGGCCGGCAUCAUCAUCCUGGCCUACCGGAUGUACAGGAAAGAGGUUCUACACAAACCGGACACAAUCCCACCAGGGGACAACAGAGAUAUUGGAUAUAAUAGGUUUGAAGACGAGGAUAUGGGUUUUGACACUUCUUACGGGGCGGUCACCACGAGUGACCCAAAUCUCAUCAUGCUGGAGCCUUGUCCGGACUCUACUCCUGUUUAGUGCGCAUGAGACGACGACGGAGUGGCGCAUAAAGACAUUCAGGUCCGCUCAUGACGUCACUAUCAAAAAAAAAUCCCGCAGGGCAGAAACUCUAUGGGUGUGUCUCAUGACAGGACAGAAGACUGCAACUAUUUAUGAAGUGAGAGAAUGAUACAAAAUAUAUUUGAAGCAAUUCAUAAGACCAUAAAAACAAUUAUGAACAGGUUCAUAGAAGUAAAAAAAACAUAUCUGAGCUUACUUCAACAUCUUGUGUAUGAAUCAAAAUGGCUGUGAAAAUGGAUUUCAUAAAAUAUAUUCAUCCACUCUCGCAUCACUGAUGCAGGACAACAGCGGUUUACCAAAUGUAUCAUCUCACUUGCUUGUAAAGUCAAACAUGAUCAUGAGCUACAUAGCUAACAUUGUCAAUGAUUGUGUUGCAUUCAAAGCAAGUAUUCAAGUCGAAGGGUACAUGUUUUGGUGCCUAUAGUUUCAGUUCAAGAAGAAAAAUCAUGCAGUACAAUUCUUCAACAAAACCUAACUACUCCAUAUCACCAUAUAUGUACGAUGACAACCCGUCUGUAAAAUAUACAAUUGUGUAUAUGUUUAUCAAUGUAUAUUAAAAUAUAUAUGAUAUAGGAAAAAUAAAAUAUCUACUGACACUUCUGCAUUCUGUAAUCUUGCGGAGUUCCGUUAUAUUUGCGGAUUGGUCUUGGAGGCCAAUUUAGGACGACUGCCACACCUGCGUACAAUUAAUGAAAUCGCGUCUCGUCAAUCUAUUUAAAUC